AUGUAUGUAAAUACACACCAUAAUAAGUAAAUAUAUAUAUGUCUAUUUAUAAAUAUAUACAUAGACAAUAUUUACCAUUAUAUGUCAGUCAGUUUACAUUUCUUGAAUUUUUUGCGCUACUUUUGACCUGUGUUUUCACAGCCAUGAACUUCUUUUUACGCUUGCGCGCCAAUACCUGUUAAAUAAGAAGAACUUUACUGUCACCCUUUGCCACCAUUCAUCGCCAUCAUUUCCCAGAAGGGGCGGGAGUGUCAUCAUGGUGGGAAGUGUGUGUGUGUGUGUGUGUGUGUGUGUGUGUGUGUGUGUGUGUGUGUGUGUGUGUGUGUAGGUGUGCUCAUGCACGCAGGCCAAUAAUUGAUGUGGGAUGGCGGCGGCGUGCAGGAUGUCAGCCCUCAAAAGUCUGCAGCUCACGGCAGCGAGCGACGUGCACCAAGGAGCAGAAGAACUUUUUUGUUUCGUGGCGUGAAAGAAGACGAUGAACUUUCCCACAAUGCAACACUUGACUCUUGUGUGUUUGUUGUGCUGCUGCAGCUUCACACAUGGCAGUCCUUACAGCAGGUGGGAAGAUGACAUCGUUUUCAGAAAGCUACGAGAAGUUUCCAGUGAAGAAGAGAGUGGAUCUUCAUGGAGAGACCAGCAGCAGCAGGUCCAGAACCUUUUCAAGAGGUUCCUCUUCCAUUAUUCCAAAGCAAAGACCUCCGAUGGCCCACAAGAACUUCUGUCCGACUCCGUUCACCCGCUGAUGAGACUUUCACCACAACUGGCCCAGAGGAGGAAGAAGACCUUCGUGCUGCUGAAAAUCUGAGGCAACCAGCAGAGUGUGGAGGACCCAGAAGAAGACUAAAGUCCGAAGCGGACGCCAAAGGUCAACUUUCCGCUCGUGUGCCGAGAUACGAUAAAAACAUUUGAUGAGGUUCCCGGCAGACGAGCUCCAUGCUUGGAAACACAACUCUGAGUGCGGCACUUUUGCACAAUAAAGAGUCGCACAAUCA